AUGAUUUCUAUUACAGUCAUUGUUGGAAAACCCAUGGAGGGACAUGAUAGUAAUGAAGGCCAAUCGUCUAGUUUAACUAGAAAGACAAUCGCAACAACUGAAUCUGAGACCGUUGUGGAGCGACCGUUAGAGUGCACGACUUGCGGAUUUUUUAACAAGAGAGACCAAAGAUUUUGCGGCAAUUGUCAGGACCCAAUCAAAAUAUAUUGGAAAGUAUCUAAGAAUGAUCCUGAGUGCCAGUUUUGUGAAGCACCUAACAAGAGAGACCAGAAAUUUUGCAGUACAUGUCGUAAGCUAGUCAGCAAUGAGUUUCUGAAAGAUGACAGACGGAAAGGUACAUAA